AGGGAACAAAAUUUCUCCGCUGUUUCCCACGUGCUCUGACUGCUCUCUAUUUUAAAGAAUGGAACGUGGGACGGAUGAAGUGAAAUCGGUUCGCAGUCUGCAGCUGCUGUUCAAGCGAUACAGGUGCUGGUGCUCGUCACCGACGCAAUUCAAUUAAAAGUUUCGAAGAAUUUGUCAUUCGAUUGUAUUAGUUCACCAGUUGAAUCAGAAAUGGCUCGAGGUCACCAAAAGGCACAGUCACAAGCAAAAAACCAGGAGAAGCAAAAGGCAUUGAAGAGCAAGCAGGGACACAGUGCCAAUGAACAGAAGAAGGCAGCUGCAAAGGCACUCACUUUCCAGUGCCCUGUGUGCAGGGGCCUGAUGCCAGACCCCAAGACUUUCAAGCAGCACUUUGAGAACAAGCAUCCUUCCUCCCCCAUGCCUGAGGAGAUCAAAGAUGCUUGAUGGCUCUACAAAGUAGCUCUGUGCUGCCAACCGGGAGAACGAUGUUAUGUUCAAUGUUUUUCUACUUUCAUUCAUAUUAUCAUCAGUUUUUUUCCUGCUCCACCUUUAGCUUUAAUGUUAUUACUUCUUCUCGUGGUCACAUAUGAUCUACAUUUCAGUGUUGUCUUCAUGGUGUUGUCGUGUGUAGUUUGCGUGGAUUCUAGCUUAUCUGCUGGUGGUUGUGAUAUAAUGUCUCUGGCUACUCUUCUGAGUUGUGGCACUUGGACUAACAAUUUUUUUCGUAUUUUAGGAGAUUUCUGGAGACAAAUUUGGAUUGUUCUUUGUAUGUCCAAUAACACUUCAUUGCUCCUUUUUAUUUUCACUGAUCAUCUGCUCAAAUCAACUUUCCAUUCCAUCGCUGGGGCUGACUUAGCCGUAAUUGAUAGACAUUGUAAAGUUUUUGAUGAGAUUCUCCGGAUUGUAAUUCAGAGUAGAGGAAUUAGGCGGUGGAUUUUUCUCCCAUGUAGAUCAUUCUGGAGCGUCUUGUGUUUCUCUUCUUGUCUAUCUUGCCAAUCAUUUCAUACCAGACAUGGACUCUUAUAAUGAAAGCCUGGUUUUCUCAUCAAAGUUCAAUUUCCGAGUUCAAAGUUGAAUUAUGUCUUCUUCUAAAUAAAAAAUGACUCGACUAUGCGGAAUACCAAUUGAACGAUCGAAUAUUUUAUGCAUUUCUAGGAGUAAACUUGUUGUAGAUUGCAUGGUUGGUGAGGCUUGUCUGGCUAACCUAAUGUUUCCUUGUGACUCCCUUGUUCAUCAGUUAUCAUUGUUUAUGUAUCAUCAGGAAUGUCAGAUGUCCAUUACAGUCUACAUUUCCGUUAAGAUAUGCAAUUUAUUAUCUUGAUGCUUUCCAAGGCUCACUGACUCCUGACUUUUAAUUUUUGAAACUACAGUAUUUUUUUUACCUGGAUAUUGACACGAUUGACGCAGAAGUGUCUUCAAGAUUUCUAAUGGUCCUUUUAUAUAACUUGGAUAAUUUCAUGAUGAAUGCCAAAUUUUGUCCUAGAAGGCAAUUUUUAAUCAGAAAAUAUGUACUUGUCGAUUCCUGGCUAAAUGAUUGCUCCUGUGAAUCUGAUUUCAAUUUUCAAUGAAAUUAAGGCCAUUAAUUCCACUUACUCAGAUCGAGCUGAUUAAAUUUAAAAUUUGC